UCAGAGCUCAACUUAAAUGGGGAAAGUUUUCACGGACAGCCUCCAGUAAUAUUUAACUUUCGCCGUGUAAAUAUUUCAUUUUAUUUACAAGAAAGGUUAGACAAACCGCGGAAAAAUAAAUGAACAAGGUAGUUAGAAAACACCGAGCUGUUUUUUCCCCCCUGAAGUUAAAGUGGAUAGUUUGUGCGCUUUCGCAACGGCUGGACCGGGGAUUUGCGCUGAACACGGUUACGGCACAGACUCCGGUAGCAGCGCAGGAGUAGCUGGAGCCGGGAGGUCCGCAAGUGCAAAGUUCUCAAACUGAAGUUUAGAGAGUUCACUCCCCCUUCUCCAAAAUCCCGUAAACAGUGUCUCGCUUGAUACAAGUGAGCUCUGAAGCGCCAUACCAACGGUAAAUAUUCCAGCGAUCCUCGAUUAUUUUUCAAAGAGGGGAAGAAAACUAAGCUAAAAACGCGAUGCUUCGUCGGUAUGCGCCGCUCCGUUAACCCUGAUUGCUGCCGGGACUUUAGUUUUGUUUUUGUUCCUCGGUGGCGUGGAAGAAAUGCCUGAGCGAGAUGGGACUCUGUUUGGGAUCUGAAAUGACAGAAGACGGGAAGAGGGCGAAGAACCACAGCGCUAAAAUAGACCGUGAGCUCUACGAACACGCCAAGCGAGAACUCAAUGUGGUCAAGAUCCUGAUGCUAGGUGCUGCUGAGAGUGGGAAGAGUACACUGGUGAAGCAGAUGAAGAUCAUACACAGCCGCGGAUUCACCAAUCAGGAGCUGGCCAGCUUCAAGCCUGCAGUGAUGGAUAACCUGCUGACCUCCAUGAAGUUUGUCCUGCAUGGGAUGGGUGUUCUGCGCAUAAACCUGGCCAACGCCAAGAACAAGGUGCACGCUCACUCCGUGUUGUCGUGCGGGCGCUGUUUCGAUGAGGACCAGGUGCUCUUCCCCUUCAUUGGCCACGCCCUGGGCUGCCUGUGGGCCGACGCGGGGGUGCAGGCCGCCACGGCGCGCGGGUACGAGUACGAGCUGAACGACUCCGCCCUGUAUUUUUUUGAGAAUAUGAGUCGGAUCAUCUCCCCCGACUACACGCCCACAGAGACCGACGUACUGAGGGUCCGACUCCGUACGACGGGCGUCAUCGAGACCCAGUUCAAGGUCAACCACCUAGUCUUCAGGAUGUAUGAUGUUGGCGGGCAGCGUACAGAGCGCAGGAAGUGGAUCGGCUGCUUUGAGGAAGUGCGAGCCGUGCUGUUCGUUGUGUCGCUCAGCGGGUACGACAUGACCCUAGUGGAGGACCCUUCUAUGAACCGUCUGCAGGAAAGCUUAAAGCUCUUCUCCUCCAUCUGCAAUAACAUUUUCUUUAGAAGUACCUCAAUGAUCUUAUUCAUGAAUAAAAUCGAUCUGUUCCAAGAGAAGAUCUUGCGUUCGGGACGCCACUUACGCCUGUAUCUCCCUAAUUUCAGAGGUGCAGACUGUGACGUGGACACAGCAGCGCGCUACAUUGCAGGAUUGUUUGUGGCGCUCAACUCCACGCCCAGCAAGCUCAUCUACCACCACUUCACCACCGCCACGGACACCUCCAACGUGCAGGUCGUCUUCCAGGUCGUCAUGGACACCAUCAUCAGGGAGAACCUGGAGGCGGUGUCUCUCCUCUGAGGCUGGCGCCAUGGCGACUGUGUGUGUGUGUGUGCGCGUGUCUGUGCUGUGUAUCUGUGUGUGUUUGCGUGUUUGCGUGUGUGUGUGUGUGUGCGUGCCUGUGCUGUGUAUCUGUGUGUAUCUGUGUGUGUUUGCGUGUUUGCGUGUGUGCGUGCGUGUGUGUGUGUGCGUGCCUGUGCUGUGUAUCUGUGUGUGUUUGCGUGUGUGCGUGUGUGUGUGUGGGUGUGUGUGUGUGUUUUGAUGCACAAAGCUUUUUUCCACCCUUCAGAAGGUCAGAAGUUCAGAAGGUCUUCAGACUUCAGAAGAUGUAUUUAUUAUGUAGUACACCGCUGUAACUUAAGAGAAAACUGAAACUUUUUCUCUUUCUAAAUCAGACGAGUUUAAUUUAUAUUGUUUAUAUAGUUUCCUCUGAGGGCGGGGCCACCAGGGCCCUCCUCCUCCUCCCAGGUUACUGGGCAGAGUUGCCAUGGCAACGGCCUGGCUCCCUGUUGCAUGGCGGGGGGGGGAUGUCUUCCCAGUGUGGUGUUUUCCUGAAGCCCCCGAUUCCUCUCACACACACAAAUACACUCAACAUUCCGAAUCACCACCACCUCUUACCGUGAGCCUGUUCUCCCCCUCCGUCCCGGGCAGCCCCCCCCCCCCCAGGUACCCCGCCCCGUUAACCGCCGGGCACAUCGCCC